CACUCUCUACGCUCUCUUCUACGCACGUACUCCAAACAAUAUGAACGCCCCGAUCACUUCUCCCACUAUGGCCCAGCGCCAGCUAUCAUCCACAACAACGGCUGUAACGGCGAACAUGACACAAGGCUUUGCACCACCGCCUCCCCCGCCAGCUCAGAAGGCGCCUAGCACGGAUGCCUUCAUCCAGAACCUGAACCUAGUAGCAGAGGCUGCGAAGCGUGCACAGAUGGCGGUGCUGAUGCGAGAUCUAGAGGGCAUUGCCAUCUCGUGAUUCGCCCCUACUUCACCCCCCUUUCC